AUAGCAUUGAAUUUUUUAAAGUAUAGACUGGGUAGUGAAUGUGAAAAGUGUAGACUGGGUAGUGAAUGUGAAUAAUAUAGAUUGGGGAGUGAAUGUGAAUAGUAUAGAUUGCAUAGUGAAUGUGAAUAAUAUAGACUGCUUAGUGAAUGUGAAUAGUACAGAUUGGGAAGUGAAUGUGAACAGUAUAGACUGCAUAGUGAAUGUGAAUAGUAUAGACUGCAUAGUGAAUGUAAUUAGUAUAGAUUGGGUGGUGAAUUUGAAUAGUGUAGACUGGGUGGUAAAUGUGAAUAGUAUAGACUGGGAAGUGAAUGUGAAUAAUAUAGACUGGGGAGUGAAUGUGAAUAGUGUAGACUGGGGAGUUAAUGUGAAUAAUAUAGACUAGGGAGUGAAUGUGAAUAAUAUAGAUUGGGUAGUGAAUGUGAAUAGUGUAGACUAGGGAGUGAAAGUGAGUAGUGUAGACUGGGGAAUGAAUGAAUAAUAUUGAUUGGGGAGUGAAUGUGAAUAGUAUAGACUGGGUAGUGAAUGUGAAUAGUAUAGACUGGGAAGUGAAUGUGAAUAAUAAAGACUGGGGAGUUAAUGUGAAUAGUAUAGACUGGGGAGUGAAUGUGAAUAGUAUAGACUGGGUAGUGAAUGUGAAUAGUAUAGAUUGGGCAGUGAAUGUGAAUAGUAUAGACUGGGGAGUGAAUGUGAAUAGUAUAGACUGGGGAGUGAAUGUGAACAGUAUAGAUUGGGCAGUGAAUGUGAAUAAUAUAGAUUGGGCAGUGAAUGUGAAUAAUAUAGAUUGGGGAGUGAAGGUGAACGGUAUAGACUGGGGAGUUAAUGUGAAUAAUAUGGAUUGGGGAGUGAAUGUGAAUAGUAUAGAUUGGGGAGUGAAUGUGAACAGUAUAGACUGGGGAGUGAAUGUGAAUAGUAUAGAUUGGGGAGUGAAUGUGAACAGUAUAGACUGGGGAGUGAAUGUGAAUAGUAUAGACUGGGGAGUGAAUGUGAACAGUAUAGAUUGGGGAGUGAAUGUGAAUAGUAUUGAUUGGGGAGUGAAUGUGAACAGUAUAGACUGGGGAGUGAAUGUGAAUAGUAUAGACUGGGGAGUGAAUGUGAACAGUAUAGAUUGGGGAGUGAAUGUGAAUAGUAUUGAUUGGGGAGUGAAUGUGAAUAGUAUAGAUUGGGGAGUAAAUGUGAAUAGUAUAGAUUGGGGAGUGAAUGUGAAUAGUAUAGACUGGGGUGUGAAUGUGAACAGUAUAGAUUGGGGAGUGAAUGUGAACAAUAUAGAUUGGGGAAUGAAUGUGAACAGUAUAGAUUGGGGAGUGAAUGUAAAAAAUAUAGAUUGGGGAGUAAAUGUGAAUAGUAUAGAUUGGGGAGUGAAUGUGAACAGUAUAGACUGGGGAGUGAAUGUGAAUAAUAUAGAUUAGGGAGUGAAUGUGAACAGUAUAGAUUGGGGAGUGAAUCUUAACAAUAUAGAUUGGGGAGUGAAUGUGAACAGUAUAGAUUGGGGAGUGAAUGUGAAUAAUAUAGACUGGGGAGUGAAUGUGAAUAAUAUAGAUUGGGGAGUGAAUGUGAAUAGUAUAGAUUGGGGAGUGAAUGUGAACAGUAUAGACUGGGGAGUGAAUGUGAAUAGUAUAGACUGGGGAGUGAAUGUGAACAGUAUAGACUGGGGAGUGAAUGUGAAUAGUAUAGACUGGGGAGUGAAUGUGAACAGUAUAGACUGGGGAGUGAAUGUGAAUAGUAUUGAUUGGGGAGUGAAUGUGAACAGUAUAGAUUGGGGAGUGAAUGU